GAUCCUUCUGCAAAAAAAAGGAAAAAAAGAAAAACACUUCUGUUCCACAGUUGCUAGAGAAACUGAAAAGGCUAGGCUGUGCGCGCUCGAGCGCUUCACUGGGUGUUUUCUCUGAACUCUCCCACGCAUGGCUUCUAAGUUCUAACACAUUUAAUCUCUCUGCGUGCAUCACGAAGUAGACUUGUGUGGAGGCGACGGAGUCUCUGCGCCUUAGAGAUGGAGCGCGUUAAGAGCACAGUGGUGUGGGGAAGAUUACCGCUAUUCUUCAUCAUUCUACACACCGCAGUCACCCAAGGAGCCAAUCUGGUUGACGUGCUGCGGGUGCUGGAGCUGUCGGACAACAUGGAGGGUGUUUCCGUGGAGACCGGCAUCUGCACCAACAGGAAGGACACGGAAGAGAUCGACUACGCUUUCAGGAUAGACAAGAGAAUCCAGCUCAGUGUGCCAACCAAGCAGCUCUUCCCAGACUCUCCCUUCCCGGAGGACUUCUCGGUGAUGACGACGGUGCGGGCGAAGAAGCGUUCGCAGUCCUUCCUGCUCUCGGUGUACGACGACCAGGGCAUCCAGCAGGUGGGCGUGGAGCUGGGCCGCUCGCCCGUCUUCCUGUAUGAGGAUCAACACGGCCAGCCCGCCCCCGACCUCUACCCCAUCUUCAAGAAGGUCAACCUCGCCGACGGAAAGUGGCACAGGAUCGCCUACAGCAUCCGGGGCAAGUCCAUCACCCUGUACCUGGACUGCAAGGAGGUGCAGACGACAGAGCUGCCCCGGGGAGAUGCCCCUGUCGUCAGCACAGAUGGAGUCACAGUCUUCGGGGCGCGCCUGCUGGACGAGGCUGUGUUUGAGGGAGAUAUUCAGCAGCUGCUGAUUGUUGAUGAUCCCCUGGCCGCGGCGGACUACUGUGUGCACCACAUCCCAGACUGUGAUACCCCGCUGCCCUACAGUAGCCAGAGCCACGAGCCUGCACAGGCCCCCGCCUCUCUGUCUGACCACGUGAUGCAAGCCGACGAGCCCCGGGAAGUGGACGAGCCGGCCAAGAAGGGCUCCAAAAAGGGUCGUAAGGGGAAGAAGGAUCGGUCGAAGAAGAAGAAGAGGGAUCGCUCGUCCAAGAAGGGCAAGGGGAAGAAAAGGGAAGGAAGGAAGAAGAGAAAGGAGGCUGAGGAUGGACCCGGGGAGGAGGAGGGCUUCCUGAGGGUGUCCACAAAGAUGCCUGAUUAUUUCGCGCUGGACCCCUCCGGGACGACUUCACCUCCUGUUUUUGAGCAGUCCACGCCAGAGCUUGCUGGUUUGCCAGAAAUCCCAGAGAUGCCCACCCAUGAGCCUGAAUCAAACCUGGAGGACCCCUCAGAGGUGUCCAGAGCACUGCCUGAGUCCUGGGUGGAGGAGGAGAGGCCGGCACGGCAGCCCGUGGUGGAGGAGCUGACGGACGAGCUGACGGACGAGCUCUACCGCGACCUUUACGACGACCUCUCGGUCUCCACGGUAACCGCGGGUCCCAACAUCACUGACUACGAGAUGAUGGAGUAUGACGAGCUGAGGAAUGACUCCCAGCUGCACGAGUACGAGGAGUACGAGGUCUACGACGAGCGCUUCGGCCCCGCUGAGAGGGAGGGGGCGCAGACGUGGGGUGGAGAGGAGAGAUUUCCGAAGGGAGAGAAGGGGGAACCUGCCAUUUAUGAACCCGGCACCACAGUCGCAGGACCACCAGGAUCACCUGGGCUAGAGGGUCUCCCAGGCAUCCCUGGACCCACAGGCCCUCCAGGACCCAGAGGGGACCCAGGGGACAGGGGUCCUGAGGGACGACCAGGCAUGGCUGGGGUUGAUGGGGUGCCAGGCCCUGCAGGCACGCUGCUGAUGUUACCGUUCCGGUUCGGGGGCGACUCCCAGAAGGGUCCCUCGGUGUCGGCCCAGGAGGCCCAGGCCCAGGCCAUCCUGCAGCAGACCAAACUGUCUCUGAAGGGACCAUCGGGCCCACUAGGUCUUGCUGGACGCCCAGGACCUCUGGGGCUGCCUGGAGCUACAGGCCUGAAGGGAGAGCGCGGAGACAACGGACCUCAGGGUAUUCGUGGCUUGCCUGGUCCCUCCGGUGUCACUGGAAAAGCUGGGAAAAGAGGUCGAUCAGGAGCUGAUGGGGGCCGUGGAGCUCCAGGUGAAACCGGCUCUAAGGGUGACAGAGGCUUUGAUGGACUGCCUGGUCUCCCUGGUGACAAAGGCCACAGAGGUGACAGAGGAAAGCAAGGGCCACUCGGUCCGUUCGGAGAUCCUGGAGAGAAGGGCUCAGAUGGACCUGUGGGGCCACGAGGACAACCAGGCGAAGCUGGACCCAGAGGCCUUGUGGGACCGCGUGGAUCUGCUGGACCACCUGGCCAGCCGGGUAUCCAAGGAGUGGAUGGAGUUCAAGGGGCCAAAGGCAAUCUGGGGCCCCCUGGGGAACCAGGACCUGGCGGUCAGCAAGGGACCCCUGGAGUCCAGGGCUUUCCAGGCCCUCAGGGUCCCAUCGGCCUGCCGGGAGACAAGGGUCCACAAGGGAAGCCGGGCAUGCUGGGCCUCGCCGGGAUUGAUGGGCCGCCGGGUCAUCCAGGACGAGAGGGACCUGCUGGAGAGAAAGGACUGUCGGGCUUACCUGGAGCACAGGGACCCGUGGGAUAUCCGGGCCAGCGCGGCGUCAAGGGAGCAGACGGAGUCCGAGGUUUAAAGGGCAGCAAAGGAGAAAAGGGUGAAGAUGGCUUUCCCGGGGCGAAAGGUGACAUGGGAACCGGCGGAGACAGAGGUGAUAAUGGAGCCUCGGGGCCUCGCGGUGAGGACGGACCAGAGGGACUGAAAGGCCAGUCAGGGCCGUUGGGAGAGAACGGACCCGCAGGCAUCGCUGGAGAGAAGGGCAAACUUGGAGUUCCUGGGUUGCCAGGGUACCCAGGAAGACAAGGAGCUAAAGGAUCGGGGGGCUUCCCAGGAAUGGUGGGGGCUGUCGGAGAGAAAGGAAGACGGGGACCGGCUGGACAAGCUGGAGCUGAGGGAGAGCGAGGGCCUAACGGCUCCCGAGGAGGACGAGGAGCGCGAGGACCAACGGGGAAGCCUGGAGACAAGGGAGCGUCUGGGCAUGACGGGACGGCAGGAGGAGCGGGUGACAGGGGACCCCAGGGGCCACAGGGUCAGAUUGGCAUGCCAGGGCCCAGGGGACCUAAUGGCCCUCCUGGAAAAGAUGGACUCCCUGGACAUCCAGGCCAGCGGGGAGAACCGGGAUUCCAAGGGAAGACAGGACCUGCUGGCCCGGUUGGCGUGGUUGGCCCACAGGGCAAAUCUGGAGAGACGGGCGCCUCCGGUGAACGAGGACACCCAGGGGCCCCGGGGCCUCCUGGAGAGCAAGGCUUACCUGGAUCCGCCGGCAAAGAAGGAGCGAAGGGAGAUGCAGGACCCGCAGGGACUGCUGGGAAGAAUGGCCCUGCCGGUAAACGAGGUUUUCGCGGGAGCCGGGGCAAUCCGGGCGCUACGGGCCCCACUGGACUGAAAGGAGCGGAGGGACCCUCUGGUGUCGGCGGAGCCAUUGGAGCCACAGGUGAGAGGGGUCCUGCCGGAGCAGCCGGGCCAAUCGGCAUGCCCGGACAAGUGGGCGCGGUCGGCCCAGCCGGACCAAUGGGGGAGAAGGGAGAGCCAGGUGAGAAAGGUCCAAUCGGUCCUGCGGGGAAAGACGGCGGGGAGGGGCCUCUCGGACUGCCCGGCGCCGCUGGGCCUGCUGGUCCUCCCGGCGAAGACGGCGAUAAGGGCGAGAUUGGAGGAUCAGGCCAGAAGGGCAGCAAGGGAGACAAGGGAGAGGGGGGACCACCAGGAGCAGUAGGAGUUCAAGGACCUGUUGGACAACCAGGAUUACCGGGUGUGGAUGGAGAGCCAGGGCCCCGAGGCCAGCAGGGCAUGUACGGCCAGAAGGGCGACGAGGGGCUCAGGGGGUUCAAGGGCGCCAGUGGCCCCAACGGACUCCAGGGUUUGCCGGGACCUCCUGGUGAGAAGGGCGAGAGCGGCCACGUGGGAUCUCUGGGCCCUCCCGGACAGCAUGGACCUAGAGGACCACAGGGAGCCAUCGGUUCAGAGGGGGCUUCUGGAUUGCCAGGGGGAGUGGGCCAACCUGGCGGUGUGGGAGAAAAGGGUGAAGACGGAGAAGCGGGCAAUCCAGGAUCUCCUGGAAACACUGGCGCUCCAGGUGACAGAGGUGAUCUCGGGGAGAAGGGUGACUUUGGACCCUCUGGAUCUGCCGGACCGCCUGGAACCCGCGGCCGUCCCGGAGAGGACGGAGCCAAAGGAAACGCUGGUCCCAUCGGUUUCCCUGGAGACCACGGGCCGCCAGGAGAGCCAGGUGCCAACGGCGUUGACGGUGGACCAGGAGCGAAGGGGGAUAAUGGGGACGAAGGGAAGGCGGGACCUCCAGGGGCCUCAGGAGAGCCUGGCCCCUUAGGGCCUCCAGGAAGGAGGGGUCACUUGGGUCAAGCAGGAAAGGAGGGGAAGCAGGGCAGGAAAGGAGCAAAGGGAGCUGCUGGUGCGGAGGGCCCGGUGGGUAAGACUGGUCCAGUGGGACCUCAGGGACAUCCAGGCAACGUGGGUCCAGAGGGACUGCGUGGAAUCCCAGGCUCUGCGGGUGAACAAGGAUUGCAUGGACCCCCUGGGCAAGUAGGACCUCCUGGACCAAUGGGACCACCUGGAUUGCUGGGACUGAAAGGAGACUCUGGUGGAAAGGGCGAAAAGGGUCACGGUGGAUUGAUCGGUCUGAUUGGACCACCAGGAGAGAGUGGGGAGAAAGGAGACAGAGGAGACCCAGGAAAUCAGGGCGUCUAUGGGCCCAAAGGAGACGAGGGUGUAACGGGACCACCUGGUCCGACAGGACCUCCCGGACCUCCUGGGCUCGCGGGAAUGGCCGGGGAAAAGGGAUCCAAAGGAGAUGAGGGCCUCGCUGGAGUAAUAGGAGACACUGGACGAGCUGGACCACCCGGACCUCCUGGCCCCCCUGCCACCAUCAUCCAGCCUCUGCCCAUGCGGGAGGGCAGGAAGAAGCGUCGCCGGCAUUCCGAGCGCGGCCGAGGCGGAGGCAGGCGGGACGAGCCGGAGCCGGAGUCCGACCAGGAAGCCGGGGAGUCGGAGUCAGAGCUGGACGUGCUGAACAUGGAGGACUUCCUGCAGUCGGACCAGGCCGCGCGCGAGCCCGAGGGCAUGGAGGAGGUGUUCGCCUCGCUCAACUCCAUGAAGACGGAGCUGGAGCUGAUGAGGCGGCCGCUGGGCACCUACGAGAGCCCCGCGCGCACCUGCAAGGAGCUCAUGAUGCUCCACCGAGACUACAAAGACGGGGAUUACUGGAUCGAUCCAAACCAGGGAUGUCACAAAGACUCCAUCAAGGUCUACUGCAACUUCACCGCGGACGGCCAGACCUGUCUGUUCCCCGACAAGAGGAUCGAAACGGUCAGGCUGGCAGCCUGGAACAGGGAGAAGCCUGGGACCUGGUUCAGCAAGUUCAAGAGAGGCAAACAGCUCUCGUACAUCGACACGGAGGGGAACGCGGUCCCGGUGGUGCAGCUGACCUUCCUGAAGCUGCUCAGCGCCACGGCCCAGCAGACGUUCACCUACACGUGCCAGAACUCGGCGGGCUGGUUCGACAUGUCCUCGCGCAACCACAGGCGGGCGCUGCGUUUCCUCGGGAGCAACGACGAGGAGAUGACGCAGAUCAUCUCUCCCUUCAUCAAAGCGCUGCACGACGGCUGCAAGUCUCGUCAGGGCCAAGAGACGACAGUCCUAGACAUUGACUCGCCAAGGGCCGACCUCCUCCCCAUCAUUGACGUGGCUGCCUCAGACUUUGGGGGAACCAAUCAGAAGUUCGGAUUCCAGGUUGGACGUGUCUGUUACAAUGGAUGAUGAACUCCGCGAAUGGAUCCGCCAAUUCAAAGACUUUUUUAUGACCAAUGACCAAUGCCACACAAGCAAUAUUUAUUAUACUUUAAGUUUAUGUGGUGAGUUUUGGUCGGUACAUUUUCUAAUGACUUUUGUGCAACCAAUGGGCCAAGCCAAUCUGCUGUUCCGUGACAUCAAGAACAGUGACUUUCCAAUGGACUUACAGUGGGAGCUACCCAGCACAUUUACCAAAGGGAAGUCUUCCAAUUAGUCAUAUUUAAUUUGUGUUCUUUUUUUUAUCUACGUUCAUUCACCACUAUGGAGUUUUUGUGUGAGAAUCAAUGCUUUUAUUGGUCUAGAACACCUGAACUUUGCCAACGCACUGAGAAAGGCACAUAAUUUCUGUCAGUCAGAGACAGUCACAUACCACUAAGUGACCACGCCGCAUUCCUGUUUGGUCCAGUUGGCUGUUUAUGGUACUAUUGUAUCACGGUUCGUUACACGAUUUGAAUUAAUAUGCCACUCCAGUGACUAGCUCUGAAAUUGUAAGUAAUUGAAUAAGUAAAUAUUGCUAUUCCCUUGUAUAGCCUUGACUAGAGUAAGAAACCGAGUGCCAACAGUAACUGAGUGCCAUCAGUAGUAGGAAGCAGUUUGUGUCCGGAACAUUCUGCAUUGCUUGCUGUGCACUGUGCCUAUAUCCGUGUGCAAACAAUGGCAAAUGCCAUCCUAAAUAUGCACGGAUGAGAACUGUCUCGGAAGGCUAAGUUUGUUUACAGGGUGCGGUUGACGUGACAUGGAGAAAGUACCCUAUGAAUACAAACGCACAUUUCCUCUCCUUAUCAGACAGGUGUUGUUUACAAACCUUUCAGAAUAGUCAUCAAUUCAGUGGUGCUCAUUUCUGCAGCGAAUGCGUGUGUGCAUUGGCGGGGUAUGCUAAUAUUUCGCCACGUGCGCAAGUAAAGGUCAGGAUUUCGGCAUCCGUGAGGAAAAUGAGUUGUUUGUCGUCGAGAGUAUUAUACUUCAGUGCCUUCCCAUCAAGACUGACCUAAUUUCAUCUGACUGCCAGGAAAAAGAGUGUUUGUUAGCGGGAGUAGGAUAGAAUACACACAUAGAAUACAAAUACACACACACACACACACACACACACAAACACACACACAAACACACACACACACACACACACACACACACA